GCGCGUGCGCGGGCUGACGUGCGCAUGCGCUGGUUGCUGCUCGCCUCGUUGGGCCGCAACUGCGUAGACGCUUCGCGCCUUUCUCGGGUCCUGAGGGGCCUUGAACCUGCCUCCAUUGCCUCGUCUGUGCCCGGGCGGGUGGUGCUUGCCCGGCGGGGUCGCAGGGAGGUCUCGUGGCGGCGCGUGUUGGGUCUGCUUUUCCCCAGCGGGGAGCUUGGGCAGCAUGAGCCCCGGGCUGCGGACAGUCUACUGCUCACGGGUUUGUGGCUCCACAGACUUCCCAAGAAGGACAACCCGAGGCGAGGCUUGUGGCUGGCCAACUGCCAGCGGCUGGACCCCAGCGGCCAGGGCCUGUGGGACCCAGCAUCCGAGUACAUCUACUUCUGCUCCAAACACUUUGAGGAGAACUGCUUUGAGCUGGUGGGAAUCAGCGGGUAUCACAGGCUAAAGGAAGGAGCAGUCCCCACCAUAUUUGAGUCUUUCUCCAAGUUGCGCCGGACAUCCAAGACCAAGGGGCACAGUUAUCCAUCUGGUCCCCCUGAAGUCACCCGGCUCAGGCGAUGCAGGAAGCGCUGCUCCGAGGGCCGAGGGCCCACAACUCCAUUUUCUCCACCUCCACCUGCUGAUGUCACCUGCUUUCCUGUGGAAGAGGCCUCAGCACCUGCCACUUUGCCAGCCUCCCCAGCUGGGAGGCUGGAGCCUGGCCUCAGCAGCCCCUUUUCAGACCUUCUGGGCCCCCUGGGUGCCCAGGCAGAUGAAGCAGGCUGCAGUGCCCAGCCUUCACCAGAGCCACAGUCCUCCCCGCUCGAGCCACGGCCAGUCUCCCCCUCAGCCUACAUGCUCCGCCUGCCGCCACCCGCCGGAGCCUACAUCCAGAAUGAACACAGCUACCAGGUGGGCAGCGCCUUGCUCUGGAAGCGGCGAGCUGAGGCAGCUCUUGAUGCCCUUGACAAGGCCCAGCGCCAGCUGCAGGCCUGCAAGCGGCGGGAGCAGCGGCUGCGGUUGAGACUGACCAAGCUGCAGCAGGAGCGGGCACGGGAGAAGCGGGCACAGGCAGAUGCCCGCCAGACUCUGAAGGAGCAUGUGCAGGACUUUGCAAUGCAGCUGAGCAACAGCAUGGCCUGAGGGAGGGGCUGCUGGACUGACCGAGGGGCUGCCCAGCAAGGCUGCAGCCUCCUUCUCCCUCAGAAUCCACCAUACCCACCAGGUGCCAUAAUAAAGUGGAUUCUAGAAGGAG